AUGGGUUCGCUUACGGAACCUUCCAUCCUCACCGAGAAGCUCUUGCUCGAGCUGCGCAACUCUAUACGAGGGCAAGUAUAUCAAAAAGGGGAAUCCAAUUUCGCUGAAUACACCUUGAUGUUCAACGGAAAUGUUGAAACGAAUGGUCAGGUUGUAACAUGUCCAAUGGAUGCAGAGGACGUGAGCAAGAUCAUACUUUUCUGCAGAAAGCAUGCAUUCUCUCCAUCUGUCAAAGCUGGAGGGUUUGGAACCGCUGGCUGGGCAGUAGGAGGCGAGGUCAUUAUUGAUCUCAGUCGAAUAGGGGACGUCGACGUCGAGCCUCCCAAUGAGAAAAGCUCGUACACGAGUAUUCGAGACAUGGCGCCAUCUAACAGCAAAGGAAAAAAACCUGAAAUCACUCCUUCAGACGUGAAUUCAGGAAAACGGCGAAGAGAAGAGGACGACAAGCUUCGUAAAUAUCAUGCCGCUUCCGGUUCCGUUGCCGCAUUUCUUCAAGAACCCUCUCGCUCUGACUCGCCACCACCGAAUGUCAGGCGACGUCUCAACAAAUCUACUGAAGGCUCGCAUGACAAUAUUUCUGAUACAAAUAUCCGAGUUGUCCAAAGCCCUACGCUCGAUUCCAAUGUUGAAGCCCCCGAUGUUUCACUCGGAGACGAUGCUCGAAAUGCUCGAAGCGCUCACGCAAAUGAUAAUACUGAUAGUUCGAACGCGCCUUUUGACGCCGAUCCAUUCGGCUAUCUCGAGGAACGCAAUUCUAGCGGUUAUCCUGGUCGUUCAAAUUUACAGUCUACCUCGCGUACGUUGUAUGACUCUUGGGGAUCCGGAUCUAGAUCAAUUGGGUCAAGCGUCGCUAUCACCACUGCUCCCGCUGUUUUACAUUCUAUUCCGUCUCAGACCCAAGCAAUUCAUACUCAUGCGUACGUUACAUUUGGCGCAGGGAUGAGGCAAAAAGAAAUUGAUACCUUCACCGCCAAUAACCCUCUGAGAGCUCAGUUGAUUUCUGGAGGGCAAGAUACUGUCCCAUAUCACGUACCUUUUGCGGCUCACCCCGCUGGAUCUUCCAUUAUGCUUUUGGGAGGAUUCGGCUUCCUUGGACGGCUACACGGGCUUAGUAUUGAUAAUUUAGUCGAGGUUGAAAUGGUCUUAGCUGAUGGACGCAUCGUGAUUGUGAACAAAGAUGAACAUCCAGAUCUCUGGUGGGCUUUACGAGGUGCUGGGCCCGCGUUUGGUGUAGCUACUCGGUAUAAGGCCAAAGCUUAUCCAAUCCCCGUCGUAUUCGCUGGUAAUCUGAUUUAUCGCUUUCACAAAGCUACAGCUGCUUCUCUGAUCAAGCAUUUUCGAGACUGCAUCAAGAACGCUCCGCGUGAGCUAUAUGCCAACGUACUGUUGACUGCUGGGCCCAAGGGAAAAGAUUCCCUCAUUGUCAUACAAAUGUGUUAUGUCGGCUCCAGGGAGAAAGGCCAAGAAUACCUUGCAGCGUUGGCGUCAUGGGAUGGCGAAAAAUCCCUUCUAAACGAAGUUAACGAGAAGAGUUUCUUGCACCAACAGGAUAGCGUUGCGCAGGUUUUGCGAGGCAAAGCGGGUAGACAGUGGUUUAUUCGUUCGGCCCUGAUUAAUUCGCUUCCGGACGAUAUUAUUCACCAAACCGUUUUGAAGUUUGACGAUACUCCAGUCGGUUGCACUUGGCUUUUCGAGCUCGCUGGUGGGGCCAUCAGUGAGUUUGAAGACACGUGUGUGCCGAAAUCCCAACGGGAGACCUUGUUCACAGUCGCUGCGCUUCAUCAGUGGGACAUGGGUAUCAACGAUCCUCGGUGUAUCACGACUGCGGAAGAUUGGAUUGCUGAAACGCUGAAGCCAAUUCAAACCGGUGGACCUUUCCCCAGUUUCCUCGGAAGACAUGAAGCACCAUCUCGUACCAUUUCUGCAUUUGGAAGCAACUGGGAUCGUUUGAAAGAAUUGAAGAAAAUCUAUGACCCUACAAAUGUCUUUAGAAACUCACUCUGGCCUCUGGACUCCGAAGGGAACAUCGUGGAAGCAUCCACGCAUGAGCCUGCUACACCUUCCGCUGCUGGUACUUCUUUUGAAGUCUUGUCGAAGAAUUGA